GCUCAGGGCUGGUUUGGGGUGCUGGGUCUGGGAGGCUGCCACUAAGUCUAACUUCCUGCCUACCCCGUCCACACGCCGCUCCCGGAAGGGGCCAAUACACCCCUUGGGCGGAGGGAGGAAUGGCACGUGGCUCCGCACACUACCCCUCUCUGCAAGCGCUGCCUCCGCAGGUCCCACUGGCCACAGCUCCCCGUUCCCGGCCAGUGGGAGCUGCGGGGGCGGUGCUUGCAGGCAGGAGCAGUGUGUGGUUGGAGACCCCUGUCACCCUGGCUGCGGGGCUGCGCUGGCCGCUUCAGGGAGCGGUGUGGGGCGGGGCAGGUAGGGAGCCUCUCUUAGCAGCAGCCCCGCUGCACUGCGGGAGAUCACGAUCAACUGGGAGAUCCUCUAGGAUCGACCCAUCAGUGGCCACUGGGAUAGAGGGACUGGAAGGAGGAGCAUAAAGGGGCUGGAGGGAGAAAGGGCUGAAAGGAGGAGCACAGAGCACCUGGUGGGCGGGGCUGGAGGGAGGACUAUACAGGGGCGAGCUGGGAUAGCGUUUUUGGUUUUCCUGGGUCAGGCCUUUCUGCUGGAAAUGGCACUUGCUCCAGACACACUGCAGCAACCCUUCCCCUUGGCCUAGCUCUACAGGCCUGUGUACAGGCAUCUGGCAGGGCCCAAAGCUAAUGCAGAGCAGAGGUGCAUCAUGCGCUUCUGGUGGGCACCCCAAGCUGGUGAUGCACAUAGCAAACAAUGGGACCGUUUCCAAAGAGAAUUUUUCUGUCCUCUUGAAGAGAGGUUAUAUGCAAGUACAGAUGACGGAAAUCAGAUUCACAAAAGCAAUGCACAGGGUUGUCAUUGAAUAUCUUCAUUUAAGAAUAUCCUCAGUGGCAUACCAGAGAUUGUAAAGAUGCUCCCCUUCUCUCCUGCUUCCUUUAGCAACAACCAUCCCCCCAUCCUGCUUUCCUACCAGGGAAUUGUUACAGCUUGUACCAAUGACAGAUCCUGGUGCAUUUCUGUGAUCGUUUAACAGCUGCUCUGAAUGGCCCCACAGGAGCAGGUCAACAGUUUAAGAAGAUUAAAGAAGUCUUUGCAGAGUUUGAUGUGUCAGAUACUAUUAAUAGGCUGGGAGAUGAAGCACAACAGGAAGACUAUUGGAUGUACUGUAAACCCAGGCAGAGACUAAGCAGCAGCAGGACUGGUGCAUUUUCUGACAGCAUUGUGAAGGGAACAGUAUGUAGAAGGAAAGGAGUACUUGUGGCACCUUAGAGACUAACCAAUUUAUUUGAGCAUGAGCUUUCGUGAGCUACUCUUACUGACAAACUCCUGGAGGCAAACAAAUUUCAUGAGGGGACGUUACAGGGUGGAGGUUCCCUGAAGAGGCUGUGCAAUCUUUCCUCACACUGAAUUCCCAGACAUAGGGAUGGAAUCCUGCCUUCAUUGCAAAAGAGUCUUAAAUUGAUCAGUUGUAAUUACUUAUUAACUAACCUUUUAUCAGCCUGAUCUCCUAGGCUUAGCUAGCCAUGGUUUCCCUUUUCAUUGGGAAGAUCCUGAUUACAAACAACAAGGACUGUGAUGAAGUGGACACUGAGAGUGAACUUAGCCAGAGACUGGAUAACAAAGUGAUGCUGCUGUAUUUUGGAUCUGGUGAAUGCACUCGAUGCCAGGAGUUUUCACCUGUCCUCAAAGAUUUCUUUGUGAGACUCACGGAUGAAUUUUAUGUGGAAAGGGCUUCCCAGCUGGUCCUGGUAUACGUGUCUCAGGAUGAGACAGAGGAGAAGCAAGAAAAGUUCCUGAAGACUAUGCCCAAAAGGUGGCUGUUCUUACCCUUCCAGGAUGAGUUCAAAAGGGAGCUGGAGUUGAGGUUUGCUGUGUCCAACACACCUGUAGUGGUGGUGCUGAAGCCAAGCGGGGAGGUGAUUGCUGGGAAUGCUGUGGAGGAGAUCAGGUGCUUGGGCACUGCCUGUUUCAAGAACUGGCAAGAGGCCGCUGAGCUAGUUGACAGGAGCUUUCUCUUGGCAGAGGACUUUGAUGACUUGGCCAAGAGGAGCAUCACCGAUCCCAUCCGCCGCCUCAAGUACAAGCUGGACAAGAAGACAAGGAAAAAGAAGGAGAAAGAGGAAGUGCUCUGUCCUGAUAUGGAAUUAUGAAGUUACAGCAGUACAUACAUUUGCUAGGCUUUUGGUUAUCCUAAAACAGGAGCCUAGAGACUCGCUGUCAAAACUCUCCAGACUCAAGGGGGUAGCUUUACUGGAGCACAAGUUAGUAUAGACAUUUGUAUCUUCACAAAGUCUCAGGAUCUCAGUGGCAACUGGAGGAUUCUGAACAGGGAACAACAUGUGGCUGGGGAGAUGAGAGAGCCAUGCCAGGAUUAAAGAUGCAGCCUGAGGGGAGGUUUCAGAGUGGUAGCAAAAAGAACGAGGAGUACUUGUGGCACCUUAGAGACUAACAAAUUUAUUUGAGCAUAAGCUUUUGUGAGCUAAAGCCCACUUCAUCAGAUGCAUGCAGGAGAGAAUAGGCAUUUCCUUUUCCUCACUGACAUCUAUUCAUAUAAUAAUAGGUCUGUUUAUAUUAUAACGGGGACAUUAUUGGACAGAAAUGCCCCAGAGAACAUUUCCUCCUGUUCUCACACUCUCUUUUUUCCCUUUAUUGCCUAGAGAGUUUCUGUUAGCAGCAAGCACAUUAAUGACAGUCUGGCUGUAUCAGCUCUCACAUUUUGAUUUCUUGACCUAAAGAAUCUAAACCUACCUUAGUGAAAGUCUCACAUUGAGAUCUCAGCCAUUCAUUUACCUAGAAAUUAGCCAGAAAAUGAACUACUACAGAAGAGCAGACUGGCUUUCAGAAAUACUGCUCUGCACAAUAAAGCAAUUGGUAAUUCACCAAAAAAAGUGAGGAAGACAUUUUAAUUUUUAAAAACAAUAGUGUAUAUAUGGAUUGCUAUUAAUGUGUUAUGCACAGACCACUAAAAGGACUAUGAACCAAAUCCUCCUGUGAAACAGGUGAACUGACCAACACAUUUUACUUGUUAUGGACCCAGGUGAUACUGGUGUGAGUGACAGUUUCUGAUUCACCUUGCAUAUCACUGGUAACAUUAUGCAGUUUAAAGUUCUAGAACAUGUUAAUUUCAGUGCUGCUGAAUGGAUUUUUUCCCCACCAUCAUUGUUUGAUUUUUAUGUUCAGUGAUGCUGAUGCACCCCUCCAGGGCUAUGUGAAAUAAUAAAUAAACCAUAGUUUUAGUCUCUAAUCUGUGUUGCCAUCUACUGGUAGUAAGUAGCAAUUGCUGAAUACCUGUCUGUCACAAAUGAGGGCAUGACUGACAAUUUACAAUCAUUUUAGCAUCUUUUAGGCAACUCCUUUUUACUCUUUUGUGCUAACUAGAACCUCAUUCAAAAUUGAGGCAUUUCAUUACUAUGGGUCUAAUAAGGGAUUAGAAACUACUUUUCUUUUUUUGCCACAGGAGCAACUAGGACUGAAUCCUGUUUUAGUUAGCCCAUGAUUUAACAAGGCACAGUCUCAAGGAAGCCUGCAAUGAGAGAUCUUUGACUGCCCCUUUCCAAAUUACUACCUGUGGCCUCACUCAUUAACUACCCAGGUUGAAUUAAAAUAGUUUUGUAUGCAGGCAAUUGCUUUA